AUGCCUGUCGGCCCAUUCGACAAUCGCAAGAAGCGGUCUCGCUGCGGCCCUUGCUCAACCAGCCACCUGAAGUGUUCUGGUGCCCUUCCAUGCAGCAAUUGCGAGAAAAGGGGCGCUGCAUGCAGCUAUCUGCGCCAAAAGCCUGCUAAUGCACCCAUUUUGAUCGACAGGGGAAAGCAGAAAACCAUUGCGAGCUAUGUAGCGCCAGCCAAGACCAGGGUCGUCGUCCACCGGAUGCAGAUGAACACGAGUCCACGUGCCGACCCUGCGCUUUUCUACUUGUACUACUUUGACGUCUUUCUCCGCAAGAACUCCUUCAGCUGUCAGGGGAAAUUCUCCGUCGACGUCAAGGAGCUCAUGCAGCGCUCCACUUGCGGGGGUUACCUCAAGGAUGCUGUCCUGGCACUCGGCGCCAUGGAGGCUGUCAAACUGCAGUCCGCCGACGGUCCCUCCCAAGCUGAGACGUAUCGCUUUGCCUUGAGCUCCUACAUGAAUUCGGUAGCUGGUCUUCGGGAUGCACUCGAGCGCCACAGUCAUGAGCCACAGCUUCGACUCAAUGUGUUGUGGAGCACACUCCUACUCGGACUAUUCGAGCUCAUGAGUGACUCUACAGGCCAGGGCUGGGUCCAACACAUUGUCCAUGGGACUUCAAAAGCCCUGGUAGCGAGCGGUCCUCUCUCAUGUCAGUCCAGUUUUGGCAAGAGAUUCUUCAUGGAGGUAAAAAUAUUCGAGGUUUGCAGAGCCAUCAUUUUCAAUGAGCCUACCUUUCUGGCUCAGUCGAAAUGGAAGGCACUCUCGGCCAAGUUGCAAACAGACCUGGUCGAGACGGAAGCACACCCCUUGGAUGAGCUGCUGGAUAUCAUUGUAGCCUGCUCUUCCCUUCGAGUUCGUGCAAGCGAUUUUAUCAACGAGAUGCGACCCACAGUGCUAAAUAAUCUCAUGAAAGAGGCUCACGCUAUUUCCAUGGAGGGAUUCCUUCAAAGAGCGACUUUGGCUGAGUGGGACUCAAAACAUGCUCAACCAGUGAGAGAAAGAACUAAACUGGAGGGAAAUUUUGAAGGCGACGACUUCUUUCUGCUAGCAAAGAUCUUCUUCGCAGCGACCAGCAUUUAUCUUUCUGGGGUCUUCGAUUACGAAAUCACGCACUGGCAGAACCUUGGCAUUCUGCCAGCCACGCUGUCCGAAGACGAGAUUCAAGUGCACGUCCAGGUCAUUCUUGAGACGAGUAAUAUUAUUCUCGACAGGUCGAGCGUGUCCCCGGUCCUCCUGUUGUUCCCACUACGGGUCGCAGGAGCUCGGUCGUGGCACGUCGCGCAGCAGGAAUGCAUUCUUCAGCUUCUCGACAAGAUUGAGUUGACGUUUUCGGUUGCAGCAGCCUUCAAGUUUGAGCUGGGAAAACUAUGGAGCAUGAUAAGUUGA